UGUCAACAAAGUUUGCGUUGGAGCAGAAAGUUAAAAAAAAGGUUCGCUCCGCGGUGCUGGCGAGAGGGCACGGGCAAGAAACAAUAAAAUAUUAAGAAGCACUUUGAGCCGUUCAGCAAACAAUGCUCACUUUAUCGCCAUCGAGCGCACAGCCGGACACGAUGCGAUAAAGGUGCGCGGAUUCGGUGCCAUUUUUCGUUCGGUCGGUGAGCAAAGCGCGUGCAAACGUGUCGGUGUUGGGGCUUUGGUCGGUCGCUCGGCCCUGCUGGCAGUGGUGCAGAUUUUCUCCCCACCCUCCCCUAAUCUGCUGCCCUGUCCAAUUUGGCUCGGAUAAUAGUUCGCCAAUGUGCUGCAAUUCGUUCGCCAGCGCUACAUUCCGGACGGGUGUACGGUGGGCAAAGGGAAAGUGAAAGUGAAAACGGUGUGCCUGAAGUGAAGGGAAAGUUAUCGUGUACCAGGGGGUGGGUGUGAGAAGAGAAAGAAGUGGUUUGGGGGAGUGUCAAUCGGCAGCAGCGAGCGAGUAUGUGGACGAGGAACACUCCCGGACGAACGCGAUGGUUUGUGCUGGGGGCGGCGGCCCUGUGGAUGCUGCUGGGGGCGGGGAUAAGCGAGCUGCCCAUGGCCCGGGCUGCCCACCUGACGGGCACGUUCGAGGUGGACGAGUUCUUUCGCUUUCUGCACAAGUUCGGCUUCCAGAAGACGGAGAAACACUCCCAGAAGGACACGGAGUGGGACACGUUCGGGUACAUCUACGGCAAUAUUACGUCGAGCGUGAACUUUACCGUGCCGGUGACGCUGGCGGUGCUCGACAAGCGCAGCUUUCUCGAGUACUACGCGAACCGGAACGAUUACGACCGGGACGUGGCCUGCCAGCGGAUGUUCGAGAAGCUGGACAAGAUCGUGUACAGCCGGGCGUGCAAUCCGCACGCGGAGGCGGACUACCUGCGGCGCAUCCCGUGCGAGCCGGGCAAGCUGUGCGUGGACGAGGACACGCGGGAAAACGUCGUCCCCGGGAGCCAGUUCACGUUCGUCAUCAGUGAUCCGAACGUGCCAAGAUUCUGGUACGUGUCCAUGGUUGCCUGUUAUCAGAAUGUGUCCACCUGCCAGUGGCAUCAUUACGACUAUCGCAAGUACCAUCCGGAACCGCCGGCGAUAAACUACGAUAUAACGCUCGUGAACGGGAACCCGAACCGGCAGACGCUGUCGUUCUUCAAUCCGCUGCUGUUUCACUUCUCCUUCGACCAGCAGAACACGCUCGAGAUGUAUUUGAUCUUUUUCGUCGUGUAUCUGCUGAUGGUGCCGCUGCAAAUCUAUGCCGUGCGGUUGCAGAAACACCCGGUGACGCGGCUGUUCACCGUCAGCCUGGUGCUGGAGUUUGUCAGCGUCUGCCUGCUGCUCACGCACACGGUGCGGUACGCGAUGAACGGCGUGGGCGACGAGAAGCUGGCCAUUAUGGGCGAUAUAUUUGAUAUCUUUAGCAGAACCUCAUUCAUGCUCAUACUGCUGCUGCUGGCGAAGGGAUGGGCCGUGACGCGACUACAGAUCAGUGUUAGCAGCUGGAUACUGCUCAUGGUUAUUUGGAUACCCUACUGUGCCAUACACGUGCUGCUGUACAUAUGGAACAGAACGGAAGUUGAUAUUAUCUCCGACAUUGACGAGUAUCAGACGUGGCCCGGCUGGCUGGUACUUGCCUGCCGCUCCACGAUGAUGCUCUGGUUCCUGUGGGAGCUGCGCACCACGAUGAAGUACGAACACUCGUCGCAGAAGCUGGACUUUCUGCUUCACUUCGGUGCUUCGAGUCUGGUGUGGUUCAUCUACCUGCCGAUCGUGGCCAUCAUUGCUGUGAACGUUAGUCCGCUGUGGCGGUAUAAGCUUUUACUAGGUAUAACAAAUUCUGCCGACUGUUUGGCGUACUGUGUGAUGAUGGGUUUGCUGUGGCCUAAUCGUGCCGGCCAAUACUUGCUGCUGACGGGAACAAACUUUGGUGGUAUGGACGAACUGGACGAGUUCAAUGAAGCACCGCACAUAGUGCACCGGGACUCGGACACGCUGCACAGUAGUAACGGUGAUCUAGCGAUAGACGAUUAUUUAGACAACGAGGACGAUGAGAUAGAAACGCUCGUGCUCAGUACGGACGACUUGCUGCACACGGGCAGCUCGUACGCAGUCGGCAGUGGGUCCGGCAGUGGUGGGGGCAGCAAACCACUCUCCCUGCACAAUGGUAGCGCCCUGAACGGUGGCAUUGGCAAAGGGGGACGAUCGUUCGAUUAGAUUCCCUGGCACGCUCGGGCGUAUAAGUGAAUGCCGCCCAGAGAGAGAGCGAGUCUCCCCCUCAACGGCACACCGGUUAAAAACGUAAACGACGAAUCUUUAGAACGAAUUUAAUUCACCCAUUACUGUAACGGUGUAGCAGGGCGGAGGUGCGCCAUGUGGGAUUAUUGUGGAUGUUAUUAGUCCCCAUCAACAAAACAUACUCUUGGCCGUUUGUCGUGUAAAAAAAGAAGCAGCAAACACCCCUUUUUGAAACGUUUUGAAAUGAUACGGUACACACGACGACAACGGCGACGACGGUCCCACCCGGUCCGGUCCCGGUUCCCUCUAGCCUGCCAUUUGAGUGGCGCUCUAAUCUGGUCAUAAACUGAUUGUUUUAAGAUAAAAUACACUCGUCGAUACUAUCGCACCAUGGCACAUUGCAAAUUGGACCAGAGGACGAUAAGCUGCGUCGCGUGCGAUAGUGAAAGUCAAAAUUCUUCCAUUUCUUAUACAAAUAUUCGUAAUUUGAUAUUUCUCCCUAUCCGUUUGGGGAUAGCUCAUCUCACGGAUAGGAUAAUUUCCAUUCGGGCGCACGUCGGGAGGCAUGGAGUCGCAACGGAAGCCCGAUUGCGACGAUCGGGUUCGGUACCUUCUGUGUGUAUAGUAUCAACCGUAGCUAAAUUUAACGUAAACGGACUGGUGACACUUAGGCGGCGGGGUGGCAACGGUCCAAAGAUAAAACAAAACAAAAGUAUUGUGUGAUAUGAAAUUUCAUAGCAAUUAUGCAAGACGGAUGAGAUAAAUCUAAAAUAACCUUUUACCUGUGUAAGACCAUUAGGCGGUAAGGAUGGGUUUGCAGCAGUGAUACUGGUGAAUGUGUAGUGAGCAUGCCAAUUUUAAGCUUUUCCGUUUCUGUGCUGUGCAAAUGUGCGCCCUGGACGCGCACAAGGGUAGUAGUAGUAGUGUAGUGUUGAGCAUUGUUUCACAUCGAAAGCCCACUGGUAUGCUGGUAUGAGUAAGUCAGCUGAUUAGUAUUUAGUGUACGCGCUUGAAAAGGUAUGUCAGCGUGCAAAGUGUACACAUACCGUAGGGAGAGUGAUCUAAAGAUUCUCUACUUUUAAUUAUCGUUCCGAUUAGUUGAUAUACUUUCACUUCCAAAACCGUAACUCACAACCAGCAUCGAGAGUUAGUUAGCGCGUCUGCUGGAUCGUAUUACAACUUCAAUUCAAUUACACAACUCACUUGCUCAGUGCAAUUCACGUCAAUAUAUGGAGAAUGCUCGUUAGAAGCGCUUUUAUCUUACACGAAUCUAUAUCUAUACCUAGUGCACUCGGCAGAAAAUUACUCAAAUUUAUCUAUCUCUUUCUCUGUGUGCGUGUGUGUGUGUUUUAUGCUCACAAGAUUUUAGGAAGGAAGGAGCUCUUGUUUUUGGUCUGCGUACUUUGCUACUCAAUUUAAUUCUCUUUAUCUCUGGAAUGGUUCUGCAAUGAGAAGAAUAUUGCGAAAAAGCGAUAACCAAAAUGGAUAUAAAAAGAGAGAGGGAAAAGGGUAAUAUUAGCUUAUAAAAUAACCGUCAAGCGAUACCGCAGUUGAUUGUUGUUUGAACCUGUUUAAAUGGAGUACCGCUGCGACAUUAUGUCUGCGGAAGAUAAUUUAUAUGUAGCGCGCAAACAAAAGCACAUUUAGCAGAAAUGCUGCAAAAUAUAGAUCAAAACAAACCAAACACUUGUGUAGCGCUUAACCAAACUUACACAAAACACACGGAAGACAAGAAGAAAACAAGAAAACAAACACUCAUACCCAGACACGUAAUUUAACAAUGCCUGCAACGUAAAGUACCUUUUUUAAAUUAAAGCUUUGCUGAGAGUCAUAAACAGAUGAGUAGCAAAAUUAGCUUAAAUAGAAUGGCAGAUAGUUUAAAUAGAAUGGCAGAGAAAGAGAGAGAAAGAAAGGAAGGAAGCAAUAUAACUAGAAACGAAGAUAUUAAAACACAUCCCAAAACCCCGACCAAGGGAAGCAACAUAAACACUCAUUUUGAAUUUUUAACUCAAUAUCGCUGUAGCAAAAUAAGACAAAAACACUGCUGCUUCGUAGGCUAUGCUCAAAACGAUCGUUAAAGUGAGGUGAAAUUCAAUUAGAUGAAACAGAAAAGGCUAAAAAUACUGUUGAGACACGUACGCCCGGUCGACUUUAAGAGUAUGUUCAUCCGAAUCGUUCAAUGGUAAUAGAACAAUUUUAUAGAAUAACAAAGAAAACACUCUUUGUUCAAACUGGACGUUAUGUGUUUGUGAUGGUAUCAGUUUUACGAAGAAAAAAAAAAUAUCUACAAAUCUAUAAUAAGGUGUGUUUGUGUGAGAAAGUUUGCAUGUUUUUGUCCCUAAAGUUGUAGAAGAAUCCUUUUAUUCGUACGAUCGACUAUUGCGUAAUCAUCCAAAAUUAUACGACCCAACAACGGUGGAAUCGCUGUUUUUGUGUGGAUAAGAGUUCUAAAUGGGCGUUUUGUAUAACUAUACGAAACAGUUGGAAGACAUUAUAAAAAAACAAGUGAAAUAACGGUGCGCAGCGAGUGAGUUGUGAUAGACUAAUAAGAGUAUUUUUCUACUACUAAACUACAACUUAACGAAACUGAGGCUGAGGCGGAGCGGAGGCGCCUUGGUAUGAUUGUUCGAUCACUCAUUAAAUGGUACUAUACGGCUAGGGAGGUCGCCGGGAGUGCAACUCACACACACACACUCUCUCUCUCUCUCUCUUUAUCUGGUGCGUCAAACAACUUCCAAACAACUAUUGUGCAAAACGUUUGCAACCGAAAGUUAAUUAAAUGUCAACAGGAGGGUAAACAAAACUUAACUUGUACAAAAGACAAACUACGAAUAGCUGUGGGAAAAUAUGAAAAUUAAACUUAAAUUCUUAAUUAACCCGCUUA